AAUCACUCGCAUAACAAAUACACUAUUCUCCGUCAAGCCUUUCCUUUUCCUCCCGCCUCCCCCGAUGUUUUAGCUUGUUAGGGUUUUGUUUCAUUUUACAAAGAAAACAGGAAAUCAAAGCAUUCAGUGUUCGAAUCCGUCUUUCUUGCACCGAACUGUUACAGAUUUAUUGGCAAGGUCAAGCAACCUAAAAGCUUAUCUCAAGCGAUGGGAGAAGUGGCAUUAUCUCACUGUCUAAUUGGUAUAGAAUUUCAUGCAAGAGGAAGAUAUUCGAUUGGAGACUACGCGAGCAAGAUUUGCAAAUGUUGUCAAAAGGCAUGCCCAACUUACAGAGCGUCUCUCCAGGGAUUCUGAUAAGAUGAUAUUUGAGCGUCUACAAAAAGAGUUUGAAGCUGCAAGAGCUUCUCAAAGUCAAGAGAUUAACUUAGAUGGUGAACAGUGGAAUGAUGGGUUAUUAGCUACAGUAAGAGAGCAGGUUCAUAUGGAGGCUGACAGAAAGACAACAUCUGGGGAUGCAAAUGACAUGCCGACAUCUCAUUUCCAAGAAAAGGUUACCUACAGAGUCGGAAAUAAGGUGAUUUGUUGUUUGGAAGGGACAAGAAUUGGCAUAUUAUAUGAAACGUCCUUUGCAGAUGUUUAUGUAAUGGCAGGGGAACCUUGUGAGCUGUAUCAUUGUGUGCUUGAGAGCAAGUCAUUUCUUGAAAAGAUGACCGUCCUUGAACAUACAAUUCCUUUCUUUCUGCCAAUACGAGAAGUAGAAAAUGAUCUUCUUUCUUCUAAUGCCAUGAGAUUUAUAGAUCAUAUUGGAGAAUUAUUGCAGGCUUAUGUGGACAGACGGGAACAGGUUCGGCUCGUUAAGGAGUUGUAUGGAAAUCAAAUAGGAGAGCUGUAUCAUAGUCUUCCGUACCACAUGAUUGAAUUUGUACUGGAAGAUUCUGAUUGCAAGGUGACAGUAAGCCUUAGAUAUCCAGACCUUGUUUCUGUACUUCCAACACGAGUAAAAGUUCUAGCAUGGCCAAUGCAUCAAUAUAAGAAGAGCCAUACGAGCUCAGCUGGAGCAAUGGGUUCCCAACCUAUUCCAGCUCGUUUGUCUUAUGCAGAGGAUGCCUUGAGAACCAUGAGCUUACCAGAAGCAUAUGCGGAGAUUGUGUUGAAUUUACAACAAGCCCUGCAGCAAAUGUUUCAGGGGGGAAGCCCUUGUUAGCACUUCACUUCAGUUCAUUUCGUUUUCAGUAUUGUGUGUACAAAAGUUGUAUGGUUUGUAUAGGAUGAUGACAUAUACUUGUGAAUCAUUGGCUACUAUUGGUUUUCCAUAAUUCAGUUAGUAGUACUGAGGAAUAACAUUCCUCGACUUUUUAAACAUUAAGGCAUUGUGCUUUUUUUCGACUUUC